AUGGAUAAAGAAGAUCAGUCUUGUAAUAUAUGUUUACAAAGAUUGGGUUCACCACUGGAUUUAAAAUGGAUGAAAUUUUUGGAAAAUUUUGGUAUUCAGGAGAACAAUAUAUUUUUAUGUGAAUGGUGUUGUCAGACUCUUUUGAAGAUGGAAAGGUUUAUAUUGCUUUUGCUGCAUCCCAACGACAGAGGGAGAUAUAAGGAUCAAGAAUUGAAUAUUCAGAAAUUGGAUUCCAUUAAUAUACCACCUACAAUCAGAGAAAUAUAUAUUAAAGAAGAAACUUACGAAAAUGAUGUUGAUAAUAUUGGAAUUGACGAUUUAGACUAUUCAGAAGAAAAUGUUGGUGAGAAUAUAAGUGAAACUAAUGCAUACAACAUGAACUUUGAAGUAACAUACCUAUCGCAUGAUGACCAAAAAAAUGAAAUAUUAUUCAAAAAGAAAUCAGUGAAAUUUAAAAACAUGUUGUAUAAAUGUGAAAAAUGUGGAAUUGGUUUUGUGUCACAUGAAGCAUACAAGGAUCAUAAUUUGAGACAUGAUAAUGAUACAGCGAUACACAUUUGUCCCAUAUGUCACUUGCAUUUCAAAUCUCACUUGGUACUGUCCCAACACAAAUUAUCCCAUAAGAGGCGGUUUAAAUGUGUACUGUGUGGAGUGAGUUUUAAGCGGUGGGCCCAUGCUGUGGGUCACCGAUUCCACUGUGGGAGUGAGCCUAGUCUAACAAAGUGUGAUCAGUGCCAGAAAAUAUUUGACAAUCAAUACGCUCUGGAUAUUCAUAAGAAAAUACAUUCACGGAAAGAAAAAUAUAUUUGCGACGAGUGUGCCAAGUGUUUUGGAACGAAACAGCAUCUUAUCAUUCAUUUGAGGAUGCAUACAGGUGUAAAGCCCUUCAAAUGCACAAAAUGCGAUAAAUCUUUCUCGACUAACUCCAAUUUGAAGUCGCACAAAGUGGUGCAUUCUGAUGAGAAGAUGUUCUACUGUGUGGAGUGUAAUAAGAGUUUUAAAUCUGAGAAAAGUUUGAAGAGGCACUUUGCAACUACGUCUAAGCAUGUUGAUGAGAAAAUGUACUCGUGCGCAGACUGUAUGAAAUUAUUCACGUCAGCUGUGUCUUUGUCGUCGCAUAGGCGAAGCACACAUUUAUCGACAAGUAAAUGUUUUAUAUGCGAUAAGAUAUUCUCAAACAAGUCGAAUUUGAAGAAACAUCUCAAGAUUCACUCCCAAAGAUGA